CCACUUUAUCAGCCACUCACUACUCGCUCCCCCACGCUCUUGCUUAUUCCAUCCUUUCUCUCUCUUUCUCUCACAACAUGAGCUUAGCUUCCAAUCCACACCACCAGCCAUGACUCAGCCACUGCAGCCUCAGCUCCAAAAGCACCGCCACUCAUCCUGCAACCGCCACCCUUCAAAACCCAUCACCGGAUUCUGCGCUUCCUGUCUCCGAGAACGCCUCGCUGGCAUCGACCCUGACACCCACCAAGAAACCCCCGUGACUCAUCUCGCCGCCGAGCUUCGUCGCAGCAAAUCAUACUCCAGCACGACAAAAAACAACCCCAACAAUCACAAUGCCUCCUCCACCUCUACCUCCUCAACCACUGCAACCACCUCUGAGCCCCGCCGCAAGUCAUGCGACGUUGGACCGAUUCGCAACACUCUAUCUGAGCUCUUCCACGUCGAUGAUAAAAGAAUAAAUUCCUCGGCUCAAAAGCCAAAGUGUCUGGAUUCAGGGCUUGAAUUAAAAGAAGAGGAAGGUUUCGGAGAGAUUAGGGUUCUUGCGCUGGAUGCGAAUGAUAGUGAAAGGAAUGUGGAGGAUUUUGAAGAGGAUGGAGAGCUAAAGACAAUGAAGGAGUUUAUAGAUCUUGAAUGGGAGAGAAAGAAAAAUGGAGGGAGAGAUCUGAAGUACAUUGCAGGGAGUUUUUGGGAGGUAGCUUCAGUGUUUAGUAAGAAAUUAGGGAAAUGGCAGCGAAAACAAAAGAAGAAGGAGAAGAAAGAUAGGGAAAAUCUUGGUGGCUUGGUGAGAAAUGAGAUGUCGAGUGUUAGGAAAUUGAGAGAGACACAAUCCGAGAUUGGAGAGUAUGGACUUGGAAGGAGAUCUUGUGAUACCGACCCUAGAUUAUCAGUGGAUGCGGCACGGUUGUCUGUUGAUGAUUCGCGCUAUUCGUUUGAUGAGCCCAGGGCUUCUUGGGAUGGGUAUUUGAUUGGUAAAACCUAUCCGAGGCUAACUCCAUUGGUUUCGGUUUUGGAGGAUGUCAAGUUGCCUAGUGGUGUGGUUGAGAAUGUAAAAGAGAACAUGGAUUUGAAGAAUGAAGGCGAGAGCAGUCCUGGAGGAACGAUGCAAACUAGGAAUUAUUAUUCAGAUAGGAGGAGGAAGAGUUUUGAUCGUUCGAGCUCUAAUCGGAGAGUGGGGCUAGGGGAUGAAGAGUUUAAAUCGAUGUUGAAUGCCAAGGUAUCUCCUGAAACAGUUGGGUUAUUCCACGGGGCAAAGUUGUUGGUCACAGAGAAAGAAUUGAGGGAUUCAAAUUGGUAUUCGCUUAAAGAUUAUGGCGGGCAGAAUGUGGAUGCUGUUUCCAAAGAUGCUACUUCAAUUACUGGUGGUGGGGUUAGUAAAAAAGGUUUCAAGAAGCCGCAGAGGUGGUAUGGUGUGUGGAAUAUUUGGGGUUUGAUGCAGAGGAGUAGUCAGAGCAAAUGUGGAGAUGAGGAGAGUAGUUUUAGUGGAAAUGUGGUCGAGGGGCCAAUGCCGGAGUCUUGGCAGAAUUUGAGUGGCGUGGCUGAUGGAGAAGCAAACGGGAUUGUGACCCCGAAGCUUAUACGGAGCUAUACCGUGAGUGCAAGGGAUUCCUGCCAGAUGGCCUGCAGUUCAAGUGGUGCUGAGAGCAAAGAGAAUGACAUGAAGAGAAGGGAAGAUCAUUUGCUGAAGCGGAACCGGAGUGCCAGGUAUUCUCCAAACAACCUUGAUAAUGGCCUGCUACGGUUCUACCUGGCACCAUUGAGGAGUUAUGGAAGAAGCAAAUCUGGAAAGAGUGGACUAAAGAACUCAAACUCCAUGUCAAGGAAUGUUUUGUAAAGAUGCACUUCAAUUGCUCUUCAAAGAAAUGUGCUGUUGUAAAGACAUGAGUUAAUGUGUUUCUCCCUGUUCAAUAGAUAAAAGCACAUCAUAUUCGUUACCUGUUUUCUGCUGAAAAUGUUUUUCUAAUAACGCAGCAAUGAUAAUCAGAAAAAUCCUUGUUUCCGUUUA